UCCCGGUGGGCGGCAGGCGGACAGGUGUGAGGGGGUGGGGGGCACGCGGACAGGUGUGCGGGGGGGGGGGGACGCGCGGAGCCUCGCUGUCAAGGAUGCAGAAGUCACCGGUGGAAGAUGCCAACUUCCUGUCCAGGUUCUUCUUCUGGUGGAUGUCCCCGCUGCUCAGGAAGGGUUUCAGGCAGAAGUUGGACCUGACCGAUGUUUACAAAGCUCCUUCGUACGAUCUGGCAGGGAACUUGUCGGAGCGACUAGAGAGAGAAUGGGACAGAGAGGUGUCGGCCAAGAACAAACCCAGACUGAUGCGGGCGCUAGCGCGCUGCUUCAUCGGCCCGUUUGCUUUCUAUGGAGUCCUGCUCUACUUUGGGGAAGCCUCCAAGACAGUGCAGCCUCAGCUUCUGGGUCGCAUCAUCGCCUCCUUUGACCCGUUCCACGCCCCCGAGCGGAACCAGGGCUACUUCCUGGCACUGGGCCUGUGCCUGCUCUUCACCGCUCGCUUCCUGCUGCUGCAGCCAGCCAUCUUUGGCCUGCAUCACCUGGGCAUGCAGAUCCGCAUCGCGCUCUUCAGUCUCAUCUACAAGAAGACCCUCAAGCUGUCCAGCAGGGUCUUGGAUAAAAUCAGCACGGGUCAGCUGGUGAGUCUGAUGUCGGCCCACCUCAACAAGCUGGAUGAGAGCCUGGGUCUGGCCCACUUUGUGUGGAUCACGCCCCUGCAGUGUAUCCUGUGCGUGGGUCUGAUUUGGGAGCUGAUCGAGGUGAACGGCUUCUGUGCGCUGGCAUCGCUCACCCUGCUGGGCAUCAUCCAGGCCUGCCUCUCCCAGAAGAUGGGACCUCACAGAGUGAAGCGUGCGGGGAUGAUCAGCCGCCGCUUGGCUCUCACCUCAGAGAUUGUGGAGAACAUCCACUCAGUGAAGGCGUACGGCUGGGAGGACGUGAUGGAGACCAUCAUCAAGAACAUCAGACAGGAUGAAAUGACCCUGACCAGAAAGAUCGGAUCCUUGCGUUACUUCUACAGUGCCGCUUACUUCUUCUCCGCCAUCUUGGUGGUGGUGUCGGCCAUUGUGCCGCACGCGCUCAGCAAAGGCAUCAUCCUGCGCCGUAUCUUCACCACCGCCUCCUACUGCAUGGUGCUGCGCAUGACGCUGACGCGGCAGCUGCCGGGGUCCAUCCAGAUGUGGUACGACACGCUGGCGCUGGUCAAGAAGAUAGAGGAGUUCUUGAUGAAGGAGGAGUACAGCGUUCUGGACUACAACCUGACCACCACAGAACUGGAGAUCAUCAACGUCUCUGCAUCCUGGGAUGAGGGCAUCGGCGAGCUCUUUGAGAAGAUCAAGCAGGAGAACAAAGCCAACGGUCACGCCAACAACGGCCUCUUUUUCACCAACCUGUACGUCACACCCGUCCUGAAGAACAUCAGCCUCCGCCUGGAGCAGGGCCAGAUGCUGGCGGUGGCGGGAUCCACGGGCUCUGGGAAGAGCUCUCUGCUAAUGAUGAUUCUGGGAGAGCUGGUGCCGUCCGAGGGGAAAAUCCGACAUAGCGGUCGCGUGUCGUUCUCCUCGCAGACUUCCUGGAUCAUGCCGGGCACCAUAAGGGACAACAUCCUCUUUGGACUCACCUACGACGAGUACCGCUACACUUCGGUCAUCAAGGCCUGCCAGCUGGAGGAGGACUUUGCCUUGCUACCUGAGAAGGACAAGACGCACCUUGUUGAAGGAGGGGUGACGCUCAGUGGGGGUCAAAGGGCGCGCCUCAACCUGGCCAGGGCUGUGUACAAAGAUGCAGACCUCUACCUGCUGGACGCACCCUUCACACACCUGGACAUUGUGACGGAAAAAGAGAUCUUUGAGAAGUGCGUGUGCCAGCUGAUGGCCAGCAAGACUCGGAUCGUGGUCACCAGCAAGUUGGAACACCUCAAGCGGGCGGACAAGAUCCUUCUGCUCCACAACGGCGACUGUUACUUCUACGGAACCUUCUCGGCGCUCCAGGCCCAGCGGCCCGACUUCAGCUCGCUCCUGCUAGGCUUGGAGGCGUACGACAACAUCAACGCCGAGCGCCGCAGCUCCAUCCUGACCGAAACCCUGCGCAGGGUCUCGGUGGACGAGACCGCCGGCUUCCGAGGCCCCGAGGCCUUCCGGCAGUCCUUCCGCCAGGCGCCGCCUCCCAUCGUCCUCAACGGCCCGCCGACCGGAGGCGAGAACUACCCGGAGAAGCGCAAGCAGUCGCUCAUCCUCAACCCGCUGGCCGCCGCCCGCAAGUUCUCCUUCAUGGGGAACUCGCAGCAGACGGCGAGCGGCACGCAGGCCGCCGCCACGGAGGACGCCGCGCGGGAUCUGUCCGAGAGGAAGUUCUCGGUGGUGCCGGAGGACGAGCAGGUGGAGGAGGUGCUGCCCAGAGGGAACGUCUACCACGACGGCUUUCCGCAACUGAACGGCCAGCGGCGGCAGUCGGUGCUGGCGUUCAUCACCAGCGCCCGCGGCAACGGGCGCCGGGAGCAGAUGCAGACGUCCUUCCGGAAGAAGCUCUCCAUCACGCCGCAGUGCGACCUGGCGUCCGAGCUCGACAUCUACGCCCGCCGCCUGUCCAAGGACAGCGUGUACGACAUCAGCGAGGAGGUGGACGAAGAAGACAUGGAGCAAUGCUUCGCCGACGACCGCGAGAACGUGUUCGAGACCACGUCUUGGAGCACCUACCUGCGCUACGUCACCACCAACCGGAGUCUGGUCUACGUCCUGGUCUUCAUCUUCCUGGUCUUCGUCGUCGAGGUUGCCGGCUCGGUCCUCGGCAUCUUCCUCAUCACCGACACCAUCUGGCGGGACGGCGCCAACCCGUCGUCCCCGAACUUCGUCGACGAGCAGCACCCGAACACCUCGUCCCCGCCCGCCCACCUGGCGGUCAUCGUGACGCCGACCAGCGCCUACUACAUCAUCUACAUCUACGUGGCCACGUCGGAGAGCGUGCUGGCGCUGGGCUUCUUCCGCGGCCUGCCGCUGGUGCACACGCUGCUCACCGUGUCCAAGCGGCUGCACGAGCAGAUGCUGAGCGCCGUGCUGCGGGCCCCCAUGGCGCUGCUCAACACCAUGAAGACAGGACGCAUCAUGAACAGGUUCACCAAGGACAUGGCCACCAUCGACGACAUGCUGCCCCUGGUGCUCUUCGACCUCAUUCAGCUGACACUGAUCGUCCUGGGCGCCAUCUUCACCGUGUCCAUCAUCCGGCCGUACAUCUUCAUCGCCGCCAUCCCGCUGACCGCCAUGUUCGUCAUCCUCAGGAAGUACUUCCUGCGAACGGGCCAGCAGCUCAAGUUACUGGAGGCCGAAGCCCGCAGCCCCAUCUUCUCGCAGCUGAUCAUCUCACUGAAAGGUCUGUGGACCAUCCGUGCGUUCGGGCGUCAGACUUACUUCGAGCAGCUCUUCCACAAGGCCCUCAACACGCACACGGCCGCAUGGUUCCACUACCUGGCCGCGCUGCGCUGGUUCCUCUUCCGCUGUGACGUCAUCUUCGUGCUCUUCUUCACCGCCGCCGCCUUCAUCGCCGUGGGAACCAACCAGGACAAACCUGGUGAGAUUGGCAUCAUCGUUGCCUUGGCGAUGCUCAUUCUGGGCACUUUCCAGUGGGCGGUCAUCACCAGCAUCACUGUGGACGGUCUGAUGCGUUCGGUGGACCGAGUGUUCAAGUUCAUCGACCUCCCGUCAGAGGAGGCGUCGCCGUGCCAAGGAGGCGGCAAAGGAGGCGGCGUGGUCAUCGAGAACCCUCACGCACAGGACUGCUGGCCCAACCGAGGUCACAUGGACGUCAGGGGCCUCACCGUCAAAUACACGGACGCCGGACGCGCCGUCCUCAAAGACGUCAGCUUCUCAGUGGACGGCGGCCAGAGCGUGGGUCUGCUGGGUCGCACGGGUUCAGGCAAGAGUACUUUGUUCUCCGCUCUGCUGCGUCUGGCGUCCACUGAGGGGGACAUUUGUGUGGACGGCGUCUCCUGGACCUCCGUGUCCUUACACACGUGGAGGAAGGCCUUCGGGGUGGUGCCUCAGAAAGUUUUCAUCCUGACUGGAACGUUCCGCAUGAAUUUGGACCCUCAUGGACGCUACAGCGAUGAAGAGCUGUGGAGGGUCGCAGAGGAGGUGGGCCUGAAGUCGGUGAUCGAGCAGUUUCCUGACAAGUUGGACUUCCAGCUGGAGGACGGUGGGAACGUUCUGAGUAACGGUCACAAGCAGCUGAUGUGUUUGGCUCGCUCCAUCCUCAGCAAGGCCCGCAUUCUCCUGCUGGAUGAACCCUCUGCCUACCUGGACCCCAUAACUCUGAAGGUCCUCAGGAAGACGCUGAAACAAGCCUUCUCUGCUUGCACCGUCAUCAUGUCCGAACACCGAGUGGAACCUCUGCUGGAGUGUCAAACCUUCCUGAUGAUCGAGGACAGCUCCACCAAGACGUACGAGUCCAUCCACAAGCUGCUCAACGAGACCACACACCUCAGGCAGGCCAUGAGCCCCUCAGACCGCCUGCGCCUCGGACCCUCGCUGCACCGCCUCAACUCCAGCAAGAGGGCGGCGCCGCAGAGCGCCAAGAUCUCCUCCCUGCCCGAGGAGGCCGAGGACGACGUCCUGGACACGCGGCUGUAGCGCAAGCACACACAUACACACACGCAAACACACACACACACACACGCUUACCUUUUGAAGCACUUUAGAGACGACGAAGACGAGUUGCAGAAGCCAGUAAUUCUUCCCUUUCCCGCAGCGUCACUUGACGUCCACAACAUGUCUUCCGUCCUCCGCAGGAAACGUUUGUGAGGGCCGUUUGUCACGCAAUAAUACUUUGUAAUUGUUGUCCAAGGUACCAGCAUGUGCCACUGUGAUCUUUUCAACCGAUAACUCCGCUGUGGAAAUGUCUUUUUGUCUUUGCCUGAUCAAAUAUAUUUACAGUAAAAUCAAAGAUUUGGACAACU